CAUUGUUUCACCCAUCGUCGUAUGUAGUUAUUUCGUGUGAUUUUCGAUUGAUCGACUGAUCAAUUGCAGCCAUGGGGUGUUGUGCGACGCACACCGUCCACCAAGAGAUUGAACCCUUCAUCAUCAUGUGGGUCUUGAAGGUCUCUGACUUUCUGCAGAUGGAACUCCCACUGCCAAAGCAUGAGGAGUUGCAGGCCCAGGGCUUGUUGUAUCCACGGGGAGUGCUUUCAUAUUGCAUUUUUGUUUCACACCAAUGGCUCUCGCUGGAACAUCCAGAUCCUGAAGGGGAACAACUCCUAGUGCUGCAAAAGUGCCUGCAAAACAUUUGCAACGGCACCAUUUCUGUCCAAAAUGAUCCAGCUUCGCAGUUUUUUGGAGAUUUUAGGAUAUUAUCAAAGGAGCAAAGGACCCGAGUACGUGAAGGCUUUAUUUGGCUUGACUGGGUGAGCAUUCCUCAAAUAGAAACAUUUCACGACGAGGAUCCAGAUGAUGAGAUCAGCGCUGCAAAGCGUCAGCGCUCCUCCCGCACAUUUGCUUAUAGCGCCCCAGCAAGACCGCGAAGAACUGAUCAGGAAGACUUCAUUCUAUCCAUCCCUUCCUUUGUUCAGGCAUGCCAAGUUUUUGUAGCCUUAGUGCCUCCAAUCAAGCACAAGGAUUCCAACCAGAUCUGCAACUACAGAAGCUGGAGCAAGCGCGGGUGGUGCCGAACGGAAUUGUGGUGUAAGAUGAUGCUUGGAAACAUGGACGUGCCAGCGCUCGUGAUCUCUGGUGAAUUCCAAGGUGUUUUUGCCAGACCUGUGAACUGGGUGGAUUGUGUGCCCCACGAAGGCGAGUUCUCCGUUUCAACCGACAGAGAAGUUGUCACCAGCAUUUUCAAGCAAGCCUUGUCCCACCAACUUAGUUGGCUUGAACAUGAAGCAGACUUGAGCUUGUACCGCUAUUUUCUUUCCCGCAAAGACACCCUCAUAGGGACUACCCUCCAGCCCAGAAGCAUGGCGGAAUUUCUUGAAAACUUCCGGUACAAAUCACUGAAAGCAUCAAAGAAGAGCAGCUUUAGCCCCGUGGCUGCAGCCGCACUCAGUGGAGAUGCUGAUGUGCUGAAGUUGCUCCUAGAAGCGCGCUGUUCAGUAGACAAACCCUUCAAAGCAAUGCCAGAGGUGGGCAUUGCAAAUGGUCUAACUACUAUGCACAUAGUAGUGAUGCAAGCCUGGCGUUCACCGCAAAUCCUCAAGAUCCUUCUUGAGGCAAAGGCAAACCCUAACCUCUCUGCAUUAGGGGUACCGCUCUUGGCAUGUUGCCGCACAGCAAAAGAUGUGGAGCUUUUGGUGAGAUAUCAGGCAGAUGUGUGCAAAAGAGCGUGGCCUCUGAAUGUCCCGGUCAUAGCUUUGGCAAGUGGAGAGAACACCCGGCCUGAAGUGAUUGCGAAGCUCUUGGAGUGUCGCGCUUCUCCAAAUGGUCCACGAGUUGCUGGACUUGGAAUUGCCCAGCCGCUAUCCUUUGUUUGCUUGAAUGCAAGUUCAAACUCACAUGCUCUGGAGAUAGCGCAAUUGCUUCUGGCAGCCAGAGCCGAUGUAAACCAACAGUGCUCAGCCAGUGGUUUGUUGUACGGCAUGGAACUUCUGCACAGAACUUACAUUCAAUUUGUAAAGGCUCGCUCCCUUUUCAUGGAGGCUACAGCCGAAUGGAGCACCAGCCCUUUGGGCAUGGCAUGUUUAUUUCAAUGCAGACAGCUUGUUGAACUAUUUUUAGAUGCCAAAGGAGAUGUCAACUUGAAGAAUUCCCGUGGCCGUACCCCGUUGCAAUUGGCCAGGUCUGAGGAAAUCAGGCAGAUACUUCUUAUGCAAUUUGCAGAUACGAGACGUCAACUUUCUAGCUGCAAUGACCUCCCGGAACUGGAGGAGUUUGACUGGAAAACAGAGGAUUGGGAGACACCCGCUGAGCUUCCAACAACGGUCGAGCCAACUCGUGAAUCUCGAGUGGCAACUGAGUUGGGACAGUUGGGACAGUUGGGACAGUUGGGCACUUGAUCCCGCUUUUCUUUCAAAUCGAACGCCAGAUCUUCACCUGGCAUGUCUGAGGCAUCUUUCUCUCAGAGCCCAUUCUCCCCAGCAACCAUCAACAAGACCUCUUUGUGAACGUUGCUAUAUAUAGCUGCUAUAUGUUGCUUGAUAUCGCUUGAAUGCAGGAUGAACACCGUAGAUGCCGUAGAUGUCCUGGCAACUCCAGGUCUACUGACUUUUCUAGUACUUCGCCCUAGGUGAGAAAA